AUGGUUUUGCCUCGGCUCCGGGAGAGCUUCAGAUCGCACCUCGCCCUCCUGAGCUCCCUCUGCACUAGGAUGUUGCGGCAGGUUUUGCACAGGGGGCUGAGGACGUCUUUUUCCAGACUCGGCCACUUCAUUGCCAGUCACCCGGUGUUCUUCGCCUCCGCACCUGUGCUGAUCUCGAUUUUGCUGGGCGCCAGCUUCAGCAGGUACCAGAUCGAGGAGAGCGUGGAGUAUCUCCUGGCCCCCAAACACAGCCUGGCCAAGAUCGAGAGGAACCUGGUGAACAGCCUUUUCCCGGUGAACCGCUCCAAACACCGGCUCUACUCUGACCUGCAGACCCCUGGGAGGUACGGCAGGGUCAUCAUCACAUCCUUCAGGAAGGCGAAUAUGCUGGACCAACAUCAUACUGAUCUGAUCUUAAAGUUACACUCAGCUGUGACCAGGAUCCAAGUUCAAAGACCUGGUUUCAAUUACACAUUUGCCCAUAUAUGUAUCCUGAAUAAUGACAAGACUUGCAUAGUGGAUGACAUAGUGCAUGUACUGGAGGAGCUAAAGUCUGCUCGAUCUUCUAAUCGAACUAAUUUUGUUAUCACAUAUCCAAUCACUCACUUAAAGGAUGGCAGGGAAGUGUAUAACGGGCACCAGCUUGGCGGGGUUACCGUGCACAGCAAAGAUCGGGUGAAGUCUGCAGAAGCCAUCCAGCUCACCUACUACUUGCAGGCGAUCAACUCUCUGAAUGACAUGGUAGCAGAAAAGUGGGAAUCCAUCUUUUGUGACACUGUCGAACUUUUCCAGAAAUCCAACAGGAAAGUCAAAAUGUAUCCCUUCACUUCGUCUUCGCUGAGGGAGGAUUUCCAGAAGACGAGCAGGGUGUCAGAACGUUACCUGACCACAGGCCUGGUCCUUGUGGUCACUUUGGCCAUACUCUGCUGUUCUAUGCAGGAUUGUGUCCGCAGCAAACCUUGGCUUGGCCUUUUAGGGUUGUUAACGGUGAGCUUAGCCACUCUGACUGCAGCUGGAAUCAUCAAUCUGACUGGUGGGAAAUACAAUUCCACCUUCCUGGGAAUUCCCUUCAUCAUGUUAGGUCAUGGGUUAUAUGGGACUUUUGAAAUGUUGUCCUCCUGGAGGAAAACUAGAGAAGACCAACAUGUUAAAGAGAGAACUGCAGCUGUGUUUGCAGACUCCAUGCUCUCCUUUUCUCUCACCACUGCCAUGUACCUGGUCACUUUUGGAAUAGGUGCCAGUCCCUUCACUAACAUUGAAGCAGCAAGGAUUUUCUGCUGCAAUUCCUGUAUUGCAAUUUUCUUCAACUACCUCUACGUACUCUCCUUUUAUGGUUCCAGCCUGGUGUUUACUGGCUACAUAGAAAACAACUACCAGCAUAGUAUCUUCUGCAGAAAGGUACCAAAGCCAGAGGUAUUGCAAGAGAAGCCUGCGUGGUAUAGGUUUCUUCUGACAGCCAAAUUCAGCGAGGACACAACCGAUUCAGAGGAAACAAAUACUUAUGAAAGUCAUCUUUUGGUGUGUUUCCUCAAACGCUAUUACUGUGACUGGAUAACAAACACUUACGUCAAGCCUUUUGUAGUUCUCUUUUACCUUAUUUAUAUUUCCUUUGCCUUAAUGGGCUACCUGCAGGUCAAUGAAGGGUCAGACCUUAGUAACAUCGUAGCAACCGCGACACGAACCAUUGAAUACACUACUGCCCAGCAAAAGUAUUUCAGUAACUACAGCCCAGUCAUUGGGUUUUAUAUCUAUGAGUCAAUAGAAUAUUGGAACACAAGCGUUCAAGAAGAUGUGCUAGAGUAUACUAAAGGGUUUGUGAGGAUAUCUUGGUUUGAGAGCUAUUUAAAUUAUCUUAGGAAACUCAACAUAUCUACUGGAUUGCCCAAAAAGAAUUUUACUGACAUGUUGAGGAACUCUUUCCUGAAAGCCCCCCAGUAUGCCCAUUUUUCAGAGGAUAUCAUCUUUUCCAAGAAAUACAACAACGAAGUUGAUGUAGUAGCUUCAAGGAUGUUCUUGGUGGCUAAGACAAUGGAAACCAAGAGAGAAGAACUCUAUGAUCUCCUGGAAACCUUGAGGAAACUCUCUCUCACAUCCAAGGUGAAAUUCAUCGUUUUCAAUCCAUCAUUCGUAUACAUGGAUCGUUACGCCUCCUCAGUGGGAGCCCCCUUACAAAAUUCCUGCAUCAGUGCUUUAUUUCUGCUCUUCUUCUCAGCAUUCCUGGUGGCAGACUCUCUAAUCAAUGUCUGGCUCACUCUAACUGUUGCCUCAGUCGAAUUUGGAGUCAUAGGUUUCAUGACCUUGUGGAAAGUGGAACUGGACUGUAUUUCUGUGUUGUGCUUAAUUUAUGGGAUUAAUUAUACAAUUGACAACUGUGCGCCACUGUUAUCAACCUUUAUCCUGGGCAAAGAUUUCACAAGAACUAAAUGGGUAAAAAAUGCCCUAGAAGUGCACGGGGUAGCUAUUUUACAGAGCUACCUCUGCUAUAUUGUUGGUCUGAUUCCUCUUGCAGCUGUGCCUUCAAAUCUGACCCGUACACUGUUCAGGUGCUUGUUUUUAAUAGCAUUAGUCACCUUCUUUCACUGCUUUGCCAUUUUACCUGUGAUACUGACUUUUGUGCCACCAUCCAAGAAAAAAAGGAAAGAGAAGAAGAAUCCUGAAAACCGUGAGGAAAUAGAGUGUGUCGAAAUGGUGGAUAUGGAUAGUACCCGAGUGGUUGACCAAAUUACAACAGUUUGA